GUUCAUCUCCAUCCUCCCGCCCAGCACCGCUGGGGCGGACCAAAUUGUGCGCGUGGUUGGAGACAACCGAGAAUAUGCCCGACAACUGAUCCUGGAGAAGAUCGAAGAGUUGAAGGUGCAGUUCCGCAGACCCGGUCCACACGGUGCACCCAUGGGUAUGGCGCCGAACCUGGGCCUUCAAGGUGGCUUCCCAGCACGGCCGAAGGCGCCACAAGUCAUGAUGCCUCCAAGCAUUCAUUCGCCAGU